AUGAUCCCUAAAGCUUUCGUCAAGUGGUUCGGAGAAAUCCCUUCCAACAUCAUCGUCGGCACCAACACCGGAUGCAACUGGAGGAUGACUAUGAGGAGAGAAGGCAAUGACGCAUUCAUCGACCAGGGAUGGACGGCCUUCACCAUCGCCCAUCAGCUCAAGGUAGGCCAGUUCGUCACCUUCAGGAAGGUGCCCUCCUUGGAGUACAGUGUGGUCAUCUUCGACCACACCUGCACCGAGGUGGUGAGAAUUGAAGAUUUUGGCGAGAGCAGCAAAAGGCGUGGGUUCUUCCUUCUUCGGGAAGAAAUAAGGAAAAAGUCCCGACAGACCUUCUCUGGCAUCGGCAAGACCUUCACGCGCUUCAUCCCCGUGGAUCUCAAGGAGGGAGAGGGCGUCGAGAAGGCGGUCACCUUCAGGAUUAUCCAGAUCAUAAUCCUGUUGCGUUUUCCCUAA